GAAAGAAACUUUACGUGGAGUUUGUUCGUUUAAAACUGUUGUCUGCUACUUGAUGAUUGAUUUUUUAUUUAUUCAAUUUUUGUCUUUUUCACCAGCUUAUUUACCAACAUGGAUCAUUCUCAGGAAGAGGCAAGCCUGAAGAAAAAGUUGCAAGGAUUUCUUACUGAGAUGCUGAAGUUAGGGACCGUGAAGGGAUUUAAGCAUUUUGCAAUGUACAUGAGAGGCCGGGAGGAAAUGGUACUUAGUGUGGUCAACACACCACAGGCUCUGAGCAGCAGCUUACCUAGCAACCCCGUAUCAAUCCAGUCUGACCACAGGAAAAUGUCCAAGUCUGGUUCAUUCAGCUCUAAUAAUCUGCCUUAUGACCAGCGUUCUCUGAUGCUGUCCAUGCGGUCACAGGUGAUACUGAGUACACACGGGGUCAAGGAUGUCGGGCUUCCACCAGCAUCUCCCAGUGAGGAGGAGUCACUUCCAACAGAUGAGAGAUCAACCCUGUUCCUGAUAGCUGGUUAUGGGCGAUACAACUGUCCAUAUGUCUGGGUUCGCUCAAACCAUGAGAGGCUUGUCAAACUAACCGGUGAAUCAAGAGAGAAAGAUUGCCCACUUAAACUCAAGUCCACGCUUAAGUGGAAAGAUAAUGAGGUAUUUGUCUGGGAUAUCAUAGCAGAACUUGUAAAGCUAUGCACCUACCCUGCUCCGAGGAAUCCAUUUGAGAUAGACUUUAACUAUUUCAAUCUCUUACCACUACAAGAGAAGGUGCUUGCAUCAGCGUCGAUGGUGAAUGUUCUCCAGAAAAUACUCCUCUAUACUCCAGACCAUAAACCAUUUGCUGGACAAGUGUUUGAAGAACUCCAACUCAUCACAAAGCAGCAUUUUGCCGCAUUGGAGUCACUUGUUAAAGAACAGGGUCUCCCUAUUCUCAAACAACAACAGCAGCAGCAGCAGCAACAGAGAUCACAACCUAGCCAGGAACUAGGACGAACAAGAACAUCAUCAUACAAUUACCCCCAAAGUGUUCCGGCCCCACAGACUUACCAGACAAAUGCGCCGGUUUCCACACAGUCAUAUAGUCACCAGCAGAAAACUCGUGCAAUGUUUUAGAAAUACUCAUUAAGUGUCAGUGUGAAUGUGUUAUUGUCAUUUUCAUUCAUCAGGGGCUUGAUCAUGAUAAAUCUAACAUGGUACGCAUAGCAUUAUCACUCUGGUGUACGAGAAUGGUUAUUGUAUGCUUGGGUGUUUUGGUUUUUUGGGGGUUGGGGGGGGGAAUCAUUGUGUGGUAAAUUGGAAUUGCUUCCAAAGCAGUGUAUGGGAAUCAGUGGACAUGACCAAAUGCGAUAAGUGAAUUACAACCGUAGUAGAUAAUAAUCUUCUUUGUUGAACAAAAGAAUAUAUAUUGAUUCCAACUCCUCAUGUAUUUGUUUGUGGGUUUUAGUAGAUCUCUUCAUUGGUUAAACAGUCGUAAGAUUAUUUUUAUAAGGGAAAUUGUGAAUCAUGUCAAUUGUAUAAGUGCUGUUAAUGAAAACAUUAAUUGGUGUUAGUCAUGUGUGGGUAAUAUUUACUUUUUUGUUUUUAUCAUUUAUUUGUAUAACUGAACAAGUCUGAAGGUUAAAACAUGUAUGUUAUUUCAGUUUAAAGCUUUAUUUUCAAUAUAACUGUAUAACAAAACAUGGAUGUUAUUUCAGUUUAAAACUUUAUUUUCAUUGAAACUGUAUAAAAAUAACUUGAAAGGCCAAGAUGGUGUGGGGCCAUGAUUAUGAACAGUCUCUAGUUUGAGUCUAGAUUCAGACUGAGAAAAGUUUUUAUUGCAUUAAAAACAAAGAAUCA